AUAAAGGCAGGUACCCGGAUUCUCCCACAAACUGUCCCGCAAGCAUUUCUGGGAAUUGUAUUUCCUUUGGCUUGCGGCAGCUAUCCUGUCAACCGUCCAAAGCUCCGUUCCCGCAGACAUCAUUGACUCUCACGUAGAAAUACAGACUCCAGCAUUCUCUGAGGAGACGCCUCCUUCGCUGAACCUGAUGUCUCUAUGGUGAAAGGAAGCCCAAAGUUUAAUUUGAAUCCGGUGCUGAUUGGUUCAGGGGCAGUGUCCUUUCAGCGGCGCUGGAGUUUAACCAAAGCCGUGCGGAGCGUUUUCAAUUAGCAACCUUUUUGUUUUGCUGUCAACGUUGUUUUUUUUUAUCGAGAGGUACUUUUAACCUUUCGCUGUAUGAUCGGACAACAUGAAGGCCUCCUGCGAGUCGAACAUCGAGGACGAUUUGGAGACGUAUCUGAAAGGUUUAAGAGAAAGGGCUAAUGAAAGCAUCCAGAAAUUGAAGUGUACUCUAGAAGAAAAAAAUCAAGCAGAAUCGUCAGAACCAUCUUCACUAGCUGACACUGUCCAGACAAAUUCAGUAAGUCCCUCAGAGAGGAGACAGUGUCACAGUCCAGUGGCAUGGCAAGAACUAAAGCACAGUCAUGCAGUUAAUGAGCUCCGAGCCCUAUUGCGACAUCAAGAAACGGAACAAAGACCAAGUUCAGCAGCUGCGACCAGCGCACAUCCCAUGAUGAAAGAGACAAGGAGAGACUUUUAUAAAGAAAUUAAAAACAACAUGCAAAUUAGCCACUCCUGGGGAGAAACAACGUUAAACAAGCUGUUUCGUGGGAGCGAGGAGAUAACGCUGCUUGAUAAACUGCUGCCUCCUGACAAAUGAGCAAUUAAGACUGCCUGCAGAAGGAAUGUCCCGAAGUAAAGGGUUAAUUGCAGGAAAAACUGUUUCAAACAAACAGCUAACAUCAAAUGUGACAAGAAACAGGGAGCUACUUUUGAUAAGAAGGCAAGUUACAGACCUGAGGUAUUCAGAAGUGUGAUCAAUGUUGAGGCUGAAAAAAUCUAUUGAAUCAUCAAUAAUAUCACACUAGAAAUUUGAAAGAGGUAAUUUUAUAUACGAAUCUAACACCAGAACAAGUCAGUAGCAGAACUUCAAAGAACAACACUGCACAAGG